GGAUAUAAACUGUCUUUCUCUCUUCCAGGACUUCAGAUGUGUCCCAUGCCAGCCGCAGUGGCCCUUCAGUCCCGAGAUGGAUUCCAGAAGUCAGAGCGACAGCGACGGGGGAGGAGGACGCCACGGGCGGUCACUGUCGUCGACCGGCUCGCCGGACACGCCGCAUGACGAAGGGGGACCGCAACCACGGCCUCCGCAAACCCACGACGCUCCGCCAGAUCCUGGGUUGACCAACGGGCAGCCGCCCCACGCUCCAGCCGUGCUGUCUCUGGAUCAGAUCAGGAUAACCGGGAGCAGUAAUGAGUACACAGAAGGGCCCGCGGUUACCCAGAGGUCUCCGGCGUCUGAGCACAGGCAGCAGAAGAGCGACGUGCUCACGCCAGCGGCUUCAAGGGCCAGCGGGCCGCAGGAGACCCCGGAAGAGAGGCCCAACAAUCUGCGCAACCUGCAUUCAUUGACUCAGUGUGAAAACACAGAUCCCGUCUCCUCUGGGGGGGGCGUGCUGCGCUCCUCCAGCGUGGAGGACUCCCACAGUAGCAUCAGGACCAGCGUGGGCAGCUCUUCUUCAGGCCAGAGGCUCCUCAGCAGCCCCAUCAUCAGAGCGCAGCCCAAACGCACAGAGCUCAGCUCAGAGGAGCUCAAACCCCUGAGCAACGAGUCCAGGCCCAUGGUGGCCGUGCCAGGCAGCGCACCCCCGAAAAAUCAAGGUAUACACUCCGACAAGUGCGGGGACUGCGGCCGGUGCUGCUGCCCGGAGUGCCGGCGCCCACGGGCGCUGCCGUCCUGCUGGACGUGCGGCCGGCGGUGCAUGUGCUCGGUGCAGAGCGCGGUGGAGUACGGCACGUGCGUCUGCUGCAUCAAGGGGCUCUUCUACCACUGCUCCAGCGACGACGAGGACACGUGCGCCGACAAGCCCUUCUCGUGCACGCAGCCGCACUGCUGCGUCCGCUGGACCACGGCGUCGCUCCUCUCCCUGUGUUUCCCCUGCCUCCUGUGCUACCUCCCGGCGAGAGGAUGCGUCGCCGUGUGCCAGAGCUGCUAUGACCGAGUCGCGCGACCCGGCUGUCGGUGCAGGAACCCCAACCCGAUCCACUGUGAGGACGCCGGCAAGCCAACGUAGAGGAGGAGGAGGAGGCGGC